CCAGCCAGACGCACAAGCAGCAGUAAGCACCAGCACCAGCAGCACUAGCACCAGCGGCGCCCCGUCGCAGUCCGUACUACGACGAUGACGAGGCCAGCAGCGGCGUCCAGCGGCGUACUGGGCUCCCUUUGUCGCCAUGCGACGGCCCGCUGCUCACGGUCCCUUUCUACAACGAGCCCGUCGAAGUCGCAGUCGCAGUCGCAGUCGCAGCCUCCGCCGCCGCCGCUCCGAGGGCUCAUCAUUGGCUCGCCUGGCUCAGGCAAGGGCACGCUCUCAUCGCGCCUCCUCGCCGCUGCGCCCUCGAUCCACUACCUCUCGGGCGGCGACCUCCUCCGGGCGCACAUUUCGCAGCGCACCGAGCUGGGAAAGCAGGCCGAGCAGGUCAUUCGCGACGGUGGCCUCAUGCCCGACGAGACAAUGAUGAACAUGAUCCGCACCGAGCUGGAGCGGCAGCAGUCGGACGAGGCCGCCGCAUCGUCUUCUACCUCAGCAAAGAUGAGCACGCUCCUCGAUGGGUUCCCGCGCACGCGGCGGCAGGCCGAGAUGCUUGACGAGUCGCUGCUGCGCACGGGCAGCGACGCCGGCCCGCCCGUCAACCUGGUCCUGCACCUCGACGUGCCCGACGACGUCGUCAUGAGCCGCAUCCUCGACCGCUGGAUCCACGAGCCGAGCGGGCGCACGUACAACGACCGCUUCAACCCACCCAAGGUCAAGGGCCACGACGACGUCACGGGCGAGGCCCUCGUCAAGCGCGUCGACGACAGCCCAGAGACGAUCAAGGCCCGCCUCCAGUCCUUUCGCAAGUCGACGCAGCCCAUGAUCGACUACUACCGGCGCCAGUCGGACGAGGCGCAGGCGCGAGCAGGCGCAGAGGCAAAGCCCAGGCCGCUCUACGUUUGUUUUACGGGCACCUCGAGCGACGAAAUCUGGCCAAGACUGAGAGAGCAGGUUGCCAUGCGAUUUCCUGGUCUCUUUGUAGAGAAGUAGGAGUAGAAGCAGUAGUGAUAGCGGCAGUGGCAGUGGUAGUAGUAGUAGUGCGAGCAGCAGUAGCAGCAGCAACAAUGUACAAGUACAGGAUGGAAAAUGAUACAGCAAGAACCUGGUCCCCCU